GGCAGGCAAGGAAGGGACGAAAGCCGCCGCUCGCAGGCGAGCGCUGACUCCAACCACCGAGGCGGGAGGCGCGGCGGCGGUUCCAGCCAAGAGCGGCUGGAGAGGAGGCAGAUGCCUGCAAAGCCAUCCCACUGAGGAAGAAAAUGGUCACAUUUAUAACCAAAGAAGCACUAACUGGAAAAUGGAUUGAAAGGCAGUAAAAAAGCAAAUGUACAAGGUCCUGGGGAAUUUUUUUCCCAUAAUUGAUCAGCAAAGAAAGCCUUUUCCACUGUCAUCUUUUGUAGCUAUUUGCAAACUAAAUCUUUGACUGGGAAGCCAUACGUAGAUUUGCAAAUGACUCUUGUCUCCUGGGCCUUUCAUUAAUGGAACAAGAGGCACUUUCUGUGUUGAUUUUAUACCUAUUUAAGAAAUUUUAAAUACUGACCUUUUGAUGGAGUAUCACCACCACAUCAAAAGACUAUUAAAAUAGAUGUUCUAAGAUUUCAGCCUGAUUUCCUUCAGUAAGAGUUAAAGAGAAGGGAAAACCACUGAGCUGUUAAAAAGCUAACUCUUUUCUUUUUCGUUUCUUUAGCUAACAUCCUGAGGUCAAUUUUGAAGGAUAAUAAAUUGAGUUUGUUAAUAACUUACUGACAUACAUAUGAACAGGAUUAAUAGUGAUUUCCUUUCCCUAAUAACUCUUGGGAGCUGUGCUUCCAAAUAAGGGUUUAACAUACCAUAUCCAAAAUAGAAUCCUCAAAAGGAGACCAUGAUGAUUCAACUGGCCUACAAGUGAUAUGCUUUUAUUGUAGAUCAGCCUCAAGCGCGUCUUUCCAAUGAAACAUUAACAAAGGAACCAAGUUUUCAGAAAUUAGAAUGCAAGCCCAAAACAUGGAGCAUUUAGGAAAAGGAAUUCAGAUGGAGAGUGAGCAACAAUUGGAAACUCCAAAUACAACUGAUCCAAUUAUUGCCCAUGAGAGCCCGGCCAAAAAAGCUUCUGUCUUUUGCUUUAAGAAAAGGAAAAAGUCCUGUGAGAAGGGAGCAGAGAAGGAUGAGAACCAUGAAUCCAAUUUACUUAGCUUAAGGCCUACUAACCAGCCUUCCAACAUGGGGCAUGAUAAAACAGAGGUAUCAGAUCCAUUUUGGACUUCAGGAGGGGCCUGGUUGGCUUUCAAACGACUGGUGACAUUAAGAAGAAGAUCCAAAUCCACUUGGAAGAAACAAACACAGGUUUAUUCUCGUGUACAGCUAGAUGUGGACAUAGAAGAUUCUGGCAGGUCACGAUUUCCUAAGGAGCAUGCCAGUUCCAGUUUUAAAAUUCCCUGCUUACGACUCUCCCGAAGCAAAAAAAGGACCAGCCAUUCUGAAAUAAUAGAACAGCCAGAUUGCAAGAAAAAAGGAAGUGAUGCCACAAGCAUCCUGAAUAGCAAAAGUAAUGAGGAGCCAGAGAUUGUGGCUAUGGAGGUUCCACUUAAUACAAGACAAUCUCCCAGCAGAGACCUUCAGGAGAAAGAAAGUGACAGUGGAGCCAUGAAAAAUAUGGAAAAUGUGGCAUUGUCCAGUAGAGAGAACAAGUUUCCAGUGGAAGUAAGACCUGAUCCCAAUUGUUAUAUUGACUGUGGAGUUCAAUCAGAAAUAAUCCAUUCUGAAACUGCACUUGUAACUGAAGAAGAGAAGCAAAUAUUUCAGUUACAUCAUGGAACCCUCUAUGGGAACCUUGAAGAGUUGGAAAAUCAGAAGUUCAGUUUUAAUGUUGAGAUCAGUCCUCUCGUUCCUCAGGACCUGGCUGAAAGCGAACAACAACCCAUAGAAAGAGAGGGAACCAAGAAUGCUUUUACCAAAGAGGCCAAGUCCCAGCCAUUUGGGACAGACGUUGAUGUUGUGGUCAAAAGUGAGGAUGCUGCUGCUAAGGAAGGUCAUUCCAUUGAAGUGAUGCUGCAUUGCAGCCCAUCCGUAGUAGAAGAUGAGGCUUCAGACAUGCCAGUCUGUCCUGAUGGGGAAGAGAAAAGUGAAGGAAAUCAGCUCACCAUGCCUGGGGCCGGCAUUGUAAUCAUGAUCACUGAAGCUGAAGAGUAUCAGGACGAAGAAGAAGAGUCACCUCCUAUUUGUGAAACUUUUGCAUUUCCCCAAGCCAGCAAGCAGAAAGGGAAGAAAAAAACUGGCAGAAGCCAUGCUUCUAGUGCAGAUUGCAACUACACGAAGGAAGAUAAAACAUGCUCCAAGGUCCCAUCAUCCUUUGGCACCAACAGCCAGGAACGCCGGACUUCAGAGCAAUAUGAAGUGCUGUUGAUCGAAACAGCUGCCUCACUUGUGAAGACAGCCAUUCAGUCAUCUGUUGAGCAGCUUGUCAAUGAAAUGGCUUUGGAGCAAAAUAAACAAAACAGCGUUCUAUGAUCACAAGACCCUUUUUGUAAACUAGAGGCAGGCCUGUUAUCAGGCAAGGGGAGGCAACUGGUGCUGACCCUGAAAGUGACAGUGAUCCGCCAUUUAACAUACUGGCUUGUAAUGGGAAAGAAGGUGCCAUUUGGAUUUUCUUUGUCUGCUGCCAACACUGCUUGAUCCAUCCUCAAUGGCCAAUUCAGCAUUAAUGCCACAAGGAAAUGUACCAGAUGUCCUGAUGUAUUUAAAUUUAGCAUGAAAGAUUAGGGAUGGUCUUAAUUCCUGAGAUAUUUGCAAUAUCUGUGAUUAGCUUAAUUUUGCAUGUUGGUAUAAUGGAUGUAUAUUGUAUGUAUAAACAGGAUGUAAAAAUAGGGUAGGGAGGGUCUUUUGCUGCAUGGUGACAUGUACUAAUGGUUUAUCCUGUAUAGUAGAUCUAGGAAAGACAGUCAUAUUCUCUCCCUUACCUUCCUCCUCAAUUCAUUUAUUUCAUUUGCAAAUAACAAGUUAUUCAAAUAAUAUUAUUGUCAAUGACUGAAGCAGCUUUUUUUUAACCCAGGGCCUUUGGCAUCACCUUCCUUAAUUUUUAGCUGAAAUUAUGGGAACUGGCACCACAACUGGAGGUCAGUAGGUUGGGGAAACCUGGCUCAGGGUAGGAGAAACUUUACAUAUUAAAUAAAUGGCUAUUAAUCAACCCAAUCCAACUAAAACAUCUUAGUCAUGAGAGAGAGGAGAGGAGAGGAGAGGAGAGGAGAGGAGAGGAGAACUAAGCCCAAAUCUUUUGGGAUAGUCAACUGGAAGACUGGCUGCUGUAUCCUCCUUUACUCUCUGUUUCUCAUGAGAUCCUUCCCAAACUGGGUCAGCGAGUCUCUUCCCAUCUACCACCGUUUGAGAAACUCAGGACUACAGAAGCCUUAAAAUACAUUCUUAGCAGUUCUUGCCCUAAUUUCAUGUAAGAAUGGGAGCCAAAACGGACAGAGUGAUGGAAGAAGGCAAGUGAUUUGUUCAGAGCUUUAGCAAGAGAGCUGUUUCACCACUAGGGUUGUGCACACUUUGAAACGAUUUGAAAGCAGUGUUUUGGACCUCAUAAAAGCACCAUAUCUCUCUGCAAUCCAUUAAAGCAGCCCCUCUUUUUUCAGUCUUCUGCACCAGCUCAAAGAAGGAAACUGAUCCUUUAAUUAAUGGAAUGAUUAAUACAGCCCUUCAAGAAGAUACAUCUUUUUUCAGACUUGCAUGAGAGCCUUAAAAGAGAUGCAUACUUUAAUGAAUAGUAGAAAUAGGUAUCCUUGCAUGAGGCCUGAAGUAUUUUUCCUGAAUCAGAUGGUAAAGAAUGAAGAGCAAAGAUGUUAGGUGAAUAAAAGGAUAGCAGAGAGAGAGAGGAGGAGAGAUCUUUGGUUUUAAUUUUUUGGUUUUAAUUUUCAUUGUGGUUCUUACAAUUUACAACCUAGGCAAGGCACUUCCUCAACCUGUCUGAAAUAAGAUGGAGAAUUCAUAAAGCAAACAUCAAGGAACCAUAUCAGCAAAAAUCCAUCCUAGUUUACAAAAUUCAAGGGUUUUAUACCCCCUGAUGUGCAUUAGGAGAAAUUUGGUAUACACUAAACUAAAUAGGUUGUUUUCAGAAACUUGAUCCCCACUUUAUCAUGCAAAGAAAACCCAUUGCAGCCAACGUCUAUGAAUAUAGUUUUAAAAAUAUCAGACCAGACCAUGUUCAUAAAAUGCAAUGAACAAAAGAGCAGGGAAGCAUGAAGGUUAAAGGGUUGUCAGCAAUAAAGUAAAAGCAAAAACAAAACCCCACCCUUCUAAGCAAAACUACAGUGGUAGCAGGAGGGAAGGCCACUAAAAUUUAUAUCCUCCAGAUCAUCCAAGCAAUUCUAUCUAUGUGGUUAUUAAGAGUCAACACCAGCUUGAUGGCAUUUAAUUAAUCAAAGCUUUUUAGAGCAGCCAGUUAAUUCUUUAUCAGGCAUUGGGAAGACAUUCAAGGAAGGAGCUUGGUAACAUACCAUGACAGAUAUUUCAUAGCAUUUCCAUCAUUUCCAUAUCAACAUACCUUGUACAAGUACCAGUUUGUUGUUGUUUUUUAAUAAAAGUCUUAAAAUAAAGAAAAUGUAUCUAGAUCAUCCUGAGUGGGCUACACAGGAAACUUGCUUUCUGUACAUGUCAAGUGUUGUAUCAAACAAUUACCCAAGGCCCCAAUAAAUUGGAUAGAGGCAUCUCAUGGUACCAUCAGGAGGGGGAGGUACAGUCAAUACUGUACUGAAUUCUUUAGUUGUGUAUGACUGAGGCUGGAUGAGAGAGCUAUUGUGACCUUAGGUACAAAGCCAGCUGGGUGACCUUGGGCUAGUCACUCUCUCUCAGCCCUAGG